ACUACACAUCUUCCAUGCCCAAAUUCAACUUCUCUCUCAAUAUUGGUCCUUUAAGAGAUGGUUUCCAAAAGCAAUGCAUCACUUGCUCUCUUUCUCUCACUCAACCUUCUCUUCUUUGUCAUUGUUAGUUCAUGCGGCACUUGCCCUUCUCCUAACCCUAAGCCAAAGCCGAAGCCGAAGCCGAAGCCAAGUCCAAGUCCGCCAAAGCCAAAGCCAAGUCCAAGUCCGCCAAAGCCAAAGCCAAAGCCAAGUCCAAGUCCAAGUCCGCCAAAGCCAAGUCCAAGUCCGCCAAAGCCAAGUCCCCCAAAGCCCAGUCCAAGUCCGCCAAAGCCAAGCACCUGCCCUAGAGAUACCCUGAAAUUAGGUGUCUGUGCCAAUUUACUGAGCGGGUUGCUUGGGGCUAUUGUGGGUACCCCUCCAAAGACUCCAUGCUGCAGCCUCAUCCAAGGCCUCACCGACCUCGAGGCCGCGGUUUGCCUCUGCACUGCCAUUAAAGCAAAUGUUCUGGGCAUCAACCUCAAUGUCCCUCUCUCCAUCAGCUUGCUUCUUAAUGUCUGCGAAAAGAAGGUUCCAGAAGGCUUCAAAUGCGAAUAGAAAACACUUCCACUUUCGAUCCUCACUCUGCUAUAAAUUUCUACUGCAAGUUAAGUGCGUGUGUGCGUGAUAACAUCUCGUUAAUUUCCUCUGUUUUAGUGUGGUUGUGUUUUGAUGCUAUUAAAUAAUUAAGCUUGCACAAGUGUAAAAUAUUCAAGCGAUUUGGCUCUUACAUAUCAUGUUCACACAUGAUGGAAAUAAAGUUGUAACCGUUUUGUAAGAUAUGAAUAUGUUUUACUCGUAUAAUUGCUAUAUGAAAUGAAAAAUCAAUACUUGGAGUUUAUUUA